AUGGCCAAAGGCGGCGCAAAAGCUCAGUCCGCCCACGAUGCACCGGUGCAUGUUACUUCAGCGGAAACUUACCUCGAGGCUUACACGAGGCUGCUGCAGAACAAGCGGUUCGAGGAAACAUUCAGAUCGUUGACUCCUGAAGCUAUCAUCGGCAAUUUCAAUGAGCGUAAAAAUGAGACUGUAAGCGCACCUUGUGCCAGUGCACUAGCUCAUUACGUCCGAGGGAUAGGGCAGCGUGAGCCAUGGGCUCUCAAAAUGCAAGACGCCUCGUCCAAACUUCCAUCGGGCAUCAUGACGGGCAACAUCAUGAACUUGGGGUCUUUCGACGAGUGCGUUGGAGCGAGGGGCCGAUCAGCCGGUGUGGACAUCCGCGGCCGGCAUUGCAUGUACGAGUUUAAUUUGACGAGGAGCUAUCGGGCGUUGCCUUACGACCCCACGAUGUCGAUUUGCCUGCCAAACAGCUGCACGGAGAGGGACUUGCUUUCUUUGAUUGUGUCUACUGUUGGAGCGGCUGGCGAUUCGGUGUUUUUGCCCACCAGAGCUAAGUGUGUUUCGGAGAGGGGAGAAUUUUGGGAUGGCGAAACGACUCUCGUGGUUUUCAUUUGUGGCGCGUACUGCGGUUUCUUGCUUUUGUGUACAGUUUACGACGCAAUGGGCAGGUGGUUGGCCGACAAGGAUUGCAAGUCCGAGGAUGAAAAAACGCUGGUGCGUUUUUCGUUGUUGAAAAAUGCGGAGAGCGUCUUAACCACGGAAUCACAAAAGAACAAUUUGCCCGUCAUCAAUGGCUUGCGUUUCAUUAGCACAAUGUCGAUUGUCAUGGUUCACGACUUUAAUAGAAUUCUAGAGGUAUUUAACAAUAUUUACUUGGUCACCCACACUCGAGCCGCCCCUUAUUUCCUUGGUGUUGUACUCGGGUUCAUCAUCGAAACCAACUGUAAAUUAUCGAAGGUUUCUCGUAGCUUAGGAUGGCUUGUUGCAACUGGUAUCGUGAUAACAAUUUUCUUUGGGACCAAAUUCGUAUUGGAUGCGAACUACAAAUAUAUUCUACUAUUGGAAAUGCUUGGAUCGUCUUCUGCUCGAUUUUGUUGGUCGUUUGUCGUCUGUUGGAUAAUUUUUUCUAGUAUUAACGGCUCUGCAGGACCUUUACAAAAAUUGUUUUCGUGGAAAUAUUUUCUGCCACUCAGUAAAUUAUCUUACUCCAUGUUUCUCUUGCACAUAAUUUUCCCAUUCAUGCGAAUGAUGACCUCGAGAAAUCCACUUUACAUCAAUGACUGGUUGACUACUCACUCGUACAUCGGAAACCUUGUAUUGAGCAUCGUGUUUUCAUUCUUUUACACCAUCGCAGUUGAAAUGCCAGUGUUUUCCAUGGAUGACUUACUUUUACGAAGAAAAUGUUUACCUUCAAAGGAAGACGAUUCACCUCGCCUCAGCGAACCAAUGUCCAAUGAUUAUACUAUGACUGAGUUGAAGUAA